UCGGACGACAACGAGGGAGAGGGAGGAGGGGAGAGAGACUUCGUCUCUCGGUCUCCAUCUGAUCGCUAGCGCGCUUCCCCACGGCGAUUGUUCCUUUCCCGUGCGCCCCCCAAAGCUGCAAGCCUCACGGAAGGGUUUCUAAAGCGGAAAAGAUCGAGAAGACGAGGGUUGCUUAAGCUCUUGGUGAGCUCGUCGCACUACGAGUAGUCACUUCAGCGAACCAAGUAGCCAGGUUUAGGUGUCUCGAGGCGGAGGAUGAGUGGCGUCUCGAGGCGGCGUUUCGCGGCGGCUGCGGCCGCGAUAUCGGUUUCUGUUGUGACGCUCCUGUUUCUGCUCACCGUCGGUUUUUAUGGGCAGCGAGUAGAUGCUGAAAGGGAGAUCGGACUCGGAUCCGAGCAACACGGCUCCGGCUCCGGCUCCAACCGCAAGCUCCUCCAAGUCGACGAAGGUACAUCGUCGUCGUCGUCGUCGACUGACCGGGUGGGCGACGGGUGCAGCAAGGACGACAUCGUGGUGCACCAGGGGGCGACGCCGCCGCUACCCAGCGGGAUCCCGACGUACACCGUGGUGGUGCUGAACCUGUGCCCCUCGCGUGGCGGCUGCGCCAUGGCCCACAUCCACCUCACCUGCGGCGCCUUCAGCUCCGCUCGUCUCGUCAACCCCCGCAUCUUCCGCCGCCUCCGCGUCAACGACUGCCUCCUCAACGAUGGCCGCCCCCUUCCCUCGGGUUCCUCCAUCUCGUUUCAGUACGCCAACUCCUUCUCCUACCCCCUCGCCGUCUCCAACGCCUCCUGCAUCCGCUCCUCCUAAACCAGCCUGCAGCCAAUCUCCCAAAAGAAAGAAAAAAGAAGAGCUUUUUGUUGCUUUUGAUUCCUCCUUUUCUCCGCCUAACCUUUUUAGCUGCCGCUGAUGCUGACCAUCUUCUGCUUUGUCUCCAACUUUAUUGUCUCCGCUCGUUUUCUGGCAGCAGACUCGGUAUAGGUUGUCAGAGAGAGUGCGAGAGAAGGUAGACUCCGAUGCCUCUUUUGGGCUUCGUUAUGGAGACGGGGGGAAGUGUAGUUAAUGCGAGUACAAGUUAAACUGGACGUGGGGUGGUGGUGAGCAGGGGCUCACGUGCAUCUUUUGUGUCCAUAAAAGAACGCAUAUCUGGCUAAUUUUGGGUUUACAUGCGUUGACAGGGGAUGGAAACG